CUGACGGGGGCGAGGGAGGCUGUGACGGACAGCAGGUGUUUACUUAUAGAGCAUCUCCGCCUGUCUCCUCCUCCGAUCCAACAACACACCCUCCGCUUCUGCAACACAGGCACCACCAACUCGCUUCUCUCGAUCUGCACCAACAUGAGUACUAAAAAUGUUGUUUUCAAGAAGAUUUGCAAGGACAAGUCGGUUGGAGUCUACAUGGGGAAAAGAGACUUUGUGGACCGCGUCGACUCUGUGGAUCCAGUGGAUGGCGUCGUCAUCAUUGAUCCUGAGGCUCUGCAGGGGAGGAAAGCGUUUGUCACCCUUUCUUGCAUCUUCCGGUACGGCAGAGAUGACAUGGAUGUGAUGGGAAUAUCCUUUCGCAGAGAGCUGUACAUGUCAACCCGCCAGGUAUACCCGCCUCUGCAGGACCGUGAUAAGGGAGUCCACACCAGGAUGCAGGCAAAACUGCUGCGCAAACUGGGAGACAACGCCUAUCCGUUCUUCUUUGAGUUUCCUGACAACCUGCCGUGCUCCGUGGCUCUCCAGCCAUCCACCAGUGAUGUUGGCAAGCAAUGUGCUGUGGAGUUUGAGAUCAAAGUGUUCAGUGCUGAGAGCCAGGAUGCUAAAAUACGUAAACGGAGCACAGUGAAGCUGAUGCUCAGGAAGGUCCAGUACGCUCCAGAGGGCGAGGGAGUGGCGCCCUCUGUUGAAACCACCAGGGACUUUGUCAUGUCAGAUAAACCACUACAUGUCAAGGCCAGUUUGGACAAAGAGAUCUACUACCAUGGUGAGACCCUAAAAGUGCACGUCAUCGUCACGAACAAUUCCAGCAAAAACAUCAAGAACAUCAUCAUCUCUGUGGAUCAGGUCGCCAAUGUGGUGUUGUACUCCAAUGACAGCUACGUCAAAUGUGUGGCCAUCGAGGAACCUGGGGAUUCAGUGGCUCCUGGCGCAACCCUGCAGAAAGUCUACAAGCUGUUGCCCGUACUGGCCAACAACAGGGAGAGACGGGGGAUCGCGCUGGACGGUAAACUGAAGCACGAAGACACCAACCUGGCAUCAUCAAGCAUUGUCAAGGAAGGUGUGCUGAAGGAAGUCAUGGGGAUCAUGGUUUCAUAUAGAGUCAUGGUGAAGCUAAUCGUUGGAGGGAUGAUGGGAUCAAGUGAAGUCGGCCUGGAAGUUCCCUUCAAACUGAUGCAUCCUAAACCUGAUGCAGUGAAGGAGAGUGAGUUAGAGGAGGAGAUGGAGUUCCAGGAGUUCAAGCGCUCCUACCUGAAGGGCAUGGCUGAUGACGAGGACGAAGAUGGAAACGUGUCGGGUGGUGAUGACAUGGCGCCCAAAGAGAAAUAGAGGAGAGAGUUGGCCAGAGUGACAACAGCUGGAACAAAGACAGCUCGGAAGAUCACUUUCUGCGGAGUUUGUGCUAGAAAAAGUUGAGACUUAAUUAAAGGACCAUGUCUGUGAUUUUGCAUGUUUUUGCAACAGAAACAGCCUUCAUAUACCAUCAGUUUAUGUUUCUGUUAAAGUCCCCAUGAACUAUUUAUUUUCACCUAUGGGAUGCCAGGAGCCAAACCCGACAAGAAAACCACCUCUGUAAUGGAGUUCCUGUCACCUAGCUUCGUCAAUCUCGGGGAUGCUCCGAGUCUCACAAUGUUGUAAGAGAAAGUGAAAAAAGCGAAAAUAGUUUUUGUUUUUUUAAAUUGAAGGCCGCUUGUUCCAGUGAGAAUAAAAUCUCACCAUUUGGAGAGUUCUAAUGUUACUAAAAAGGCUCAGGAUUAGGUGGAUAAAUGGUCUGCAUCUACAUCUAUGUAGAGGACUGUCUCAGGACUGUACUCGCAGAAUGCAGUGUCUGUGAGUCUUAGGUAAUAAUAUUGAGGCUAUUCUAGCUAACAUGCAAAACCACUGAUAUGGUCCUUCAAUACAUGAUGAAUCCCUGUGAAGUAAUUUGUAAGAAUCAUUUUUGUGCUUUUAAAGUUAGACAGCUAAGUGCUUCCUGCAUUUGUAGAUCUGAACUUCUCAUCUGUUCAUUGUCUACAUUGUCAACAAGUGGAUUGUGUGAUGUGGGAGAAAGCAAAGAAGGUGGUUUAGUGAAGUUUAAUUGCAUUUGAAUGUUGAGAAGAUCAGACAAAAUUGCAAGCUCUCAUAAAUAAUGUGCUGCUGCUCGCUAGGCUCUGGAGGAAAUGAUCUGACUGAAUCGUCUGUUGUUUCGCUCAGAUUUACUGUAGCAACAUUUAUAUAGAAAGAUAAAAUGUAUUUGGCAUUUAAAGGAGAUGUGAUGCUCUGUGUGACUGUGCAGUUUCAACUCUGUGACAAUAAAAAGCUGACUGAUC